AAUCAUAGAUGUACAUUUGAACCAAAUAUUAUGUAACAUACUUCAGUCUUGAUUUAGCUACCAACCGCUACGGUCAUCUCAUUUAUUAUAAUAAAGCUCUUAGUACAAAUAAUCAUUGUUACUCUCUUCAUUUCUUUCUUACAGUCCACUUAUACUCCGCUCGAACCAAUUGGUCCUUUUUCGCCACAUGUAGAACAUUCGUUUAAUAAAAAAUAAAAUUCUAAAUUCAAUAACUGUCUACUGUCCCAUUUAAUCCAUCCCCUUUGUGUGUGUGAAAGAGCUCGUGUCGCAAAAAACUAAACGGCAUUUAUGUAUAUUCAGUUCUUAAUAUCACCAUGAGCAACGCAGCUAGUUUAACGAAGCGAGAUACGGCUCGCAAUUCCAUCAGGCGCUAUAUGGUGAGCAGUAAAAAAGCCGAGUCAUUUGAUGCAGCUGAGAUCGAUGUCUAUCUCGGACUCCUCGCCGAGCAGUGGGAUAAAUUCCAAGCAGCCCAACAAGAAGUGGAACUUUCGUGUGGAGCAGAAACUAUUGCAGAGCAAGAGUCUGAACGUGAACAAGGCGAGACAUGGUAUCGAGAAGCUCUUACAAAUUUCACACGUGCACGCAACAAAAUCAAAAACGAUCCUCCCGGCACCAGCAAGGAGGUAGUUACAGUUGAUAAAUUGCUGCACGCUGCUCGAACAGACAUUCGUUUACCUCCAAUGAAAUUACCAUGCUUUGAUGGGAAUUCGAAAGAAUGGAAACCCUUUGAAGAUGCAUUUACCGCAUUCAUCCAUGGUGAGUCGUCGAUUUCCAGCGUCCAAAAAUUACACUUUUUGUUGAGCAGCCUUCAAGGUCCAGCUCUACAAGUUGUUAAAGGUUUUCGCAUCACGAGCAACAACUAUGACGAGGUUUGGGAACUAUUGAAAAAGCGCUACGACUCUACGAGAAUCAUUGUCGAUUCGCAUUUUCAAGCGCUUUUCUCUCUCAAAAAAAUAAAUACAGAGUCUUCUGCUGCCAUAAGAUGUCUCUUAGAUGAAACUCAAGAGCAUUUCCGUUCUCUCAAGGCUAUUGGGAGACCUGUCGAUAAUUGGGAUGACUGGCUACUUCAUCUAACUAUCAGCAAGCUUGAUAUCGAGACGCAUAGGCAGUGGGAGCUGACUCAGACUGGAAAUAAAGUUGCGAACUUUAACGAACUUGUGACAUUUUUGGAAAACAGAUGUCGUUCAUUAGAUGCCAUCAUCUGCCACCAGCAAACAUCCAGCAGCAAGAACCAAACAAGUCAACAAGUGAAAGGUAAAAAAUCAAGUUCACUUCAUUGCGCGACACCUGCGACAGCUGUAGCACCUAGCAAGAAAAUUCAAGGACGUCGUUUUCGUCGUCAGGUUCAAAACCACGUGUGCCCAUAUUGCUCAGGUAAGCACUUUAUCUUUACUUGUGACAAGUUUCGUUCUACAGAAGUUCCAAGACGAAUCUCAUUUGCGAACGACAACAAUUUAUGCUCCAAUUGCUUGGGAUCUGGUCAUAACCAAACCAAUUGUCAAAGUAAAUACACGUGUCGAGUCUGUAACGCCCAUCAUCACACGCUUUUACAUUGCGAGUCACCAUCAGACUCCAGUGUAUCGCAAACCACAUCUACCCCCAGCUUCACGCCAGCAUAUGCUUCUCAUUCUAAGCAUUAUGUACUUCUUGGUACCGCAAUGGUACAGGUUAUGGACAAGUCUAAUAGGCCUCAGCCAGCCAGGCUCCUUUUCGACAAUGGAUCACACGCUUCCUUCAUUAGCGAAAGUUGUGUACAGCGACUUCACCUAAGGCGUACAUCAGUGACUACAGCAAUUGAAGGAAUUGGCGCUACAGACGCCGGGUCCUCGAAAGGCGAAGUCGAACUUACCUUAACCUCACUUGAUCAAAAGUUUUCAACAACAAUUAAUGCUCAAAUUUUGAACAAAAUAACGAGCCAUCUACCGCCGGUUCCAGUUCAUAACUACAAUUGGCCACAUAUCAGUGGACUCGCACUAGCAGAUCCAUGCUUCAACAUACCUGCAGCCAUCGAUUUAUUAAUUGGAUCUGAUGAGCUAAGCCAAUUUCUAUGCACCGGAUUGAUCAAAGGCCCAGUUGGCACACCAAUUGCUCAGAACUCCACACUUGGGUGGGUAUUAAUGGGCAAAGUGUCGGACUCAACUCCAAUGCCAGCUCCAGUGCCAACAUAUACCGCUUCUUCUCUGUGCCUAUUCACCAAUGCUGCUUUAACAAAAGCAGUGUCUAGACUUUGGGAAAUAGAGUCGUUGCCUGAAGUAAAACACCUUACCAUCGAGGAGAGCUUGUGUGAGCAGUUCUAUGAGGAAACACAUUACCGUCAGACGGAUGGCCGCUUCGUCGUCCAGCUUCCUUUUAAGCCUGACUGUCCUUUAGGAAGCUCCCGCAAUUCAGCCGUUCGCGCAUUACUUCGCAUGGAAAAACAAUUUGCCAAGAACAAAGACCUCUACGUAAAUUAUAAAAAAUUUAUACAUGAGUUUUUGGAAUUGGGCCACAUGGAAGAAGCUGGCCAGGAACCAGCAGCUGAAAGUCAUUACUACUUGCCACACCGAGCGGUCGUCAAAGAAACAAGCACCACUACCAAGCUUAGGGUGGUGUUUAAUGCAUCUUGCCGCACCAGUUCGGGAUUUUCGCUCAACGACACACAGAUGAUAGGUCCACAACUACAGCCAGACCUAUUUUCAACUCUUCUUCGACUUCGUACACAUCGCUUUGCUAUGAGUGCUGAUGUGGAAAAGAUGUACCGCCAGUUACUUAUGGGGUUUCGUCCGCUUCUCAUUUGGCGGUUAAAUCUCUUCAAAAAGCUGCGACUAUCACAAGCCCAAACUCCUUAG